AUGAAAUUUUUGACUCUCCACCCAGCAGCCAACUCUUUCCUGUUCACAACAAAUUGGGCUGCGAAAGCAACGCUAGGCUUUGACAUUAAGGGGGAUCAGCACGAAGUCAUCCUGUCACAAAGGGGGUUUGUUGGGAUCUGCUUUUACUCGCAAGCCGCCGAAGAGAUUUCGGACAACGAAGAACCCCACGAGCCGUUGUUCUCGGGCAAAGCUGCAGGUGAGCAAGCACUCGGUCUGGCACAGUGCAUUCUAGAAAAAAAGAUGUUCUCGCUGUUCGGGCACGUUACCAAGCCUGUCAGCCUGAAGAAGAUUCGUAACGUUUUACCAAUUCUAUUGCACGGAGACGCCACCUUUGCCGGGCAAGGUGUAGUCUACGAGACCAUGCAAAUGGCCGAGGUGCCCGAUUUUGAUGUUGGUGGAACCAUUCACGCCUUCACUUGCCCCAUCUUUCACUGCAACGGCAAUGAUCCCCUAGCAGUAUCGACGGCACUCGAGACCGCCGUCGAAUGGCGUCACGAAUGGGGCAUGGAUGUCAUUAUCGAGAUGGUCUGCUACCGUUGUAAUGGUCACAACAAAUUGGAUCAGCCGGCCUUUACGCAACCCAAGCUCUAUAAGGAAAUCUCUCAACACCCACCAACCCUGGAAAUUGUCGAAAAGUGA